CUUUAGCGGAUAUCAACAUGGCCUCAGUAAAAUUGUUCUUUAUUGCUAUUUUGGUUGUAGCUCUAUCCCUUAACACCUCAGCUGCAGUGUUGAACCCUAGUUCGACUGCCAAACCCAGAUUUGAGACGAAAGACCGAAAACUAAGUGCUGGCGCUCUGCAGUCACUCGCUGGUUAAUUACUAUAGAAAGCUAUAGAUAAAAUUGUCAUUAUAAAAAUGGACCAAAAAUAAAUUAUUUUCAACG